AUGUACAACCAGUCUGUGGUUCCUGUGAAAACUGAGUCCUUCAGUGGAGUUGCCGCUAAAAGCCCAAUCAGUCAAUGUAUCAAGACUGUGCUACGGCGAGCCUGUGUGGAGAAGAGGCUGACCAUCGGUCUUCUUCCUGCUAUUCAGUAUCUCUCGAAGAACACCGAUGGGGCCCUGUUCUGUCUGACGGCAGCCGCGCCGCCUGGCGACAGCGCGACGCACAUGCAAGAAGUACUUUUACAAGCUUUUUGCGAUGAAAACGAGAUCUAUGUUAUUAAGAUUGAUUCAGAAGCCAAAUUAAAAAAGAUUCUCGGCUUCUGCAAAACGCCAAUGGACUUCAGCUGCAUUUUAGUCCACUAUCCCUACGCUGACCCAUUUAGCGACAGCCAAGAAAUAGAUUUGUCCAUCUUGUCUGAUUCUGAGAAAGAUUUGAUCGAACACUGCGAAACAAACUGGGGAUGCCAGAUGCCUGUUAUCAAGUUGCCCGAAAAG